AUGGAUGUUUUAGGGACAAGUGAGAGUGCGACAUUAGGAGACAGGUGUCUAAGCAUUGUUCACGAAGAAGAGGUCGACCAUCUUGUAAUUACUGAAGAAACGGAGCUGUUGGACGAAUGCCUGCUCUCUGGGAACUUUUCCAGUAUAGAAACCAUAGAGUCAGAUUCAACGCUGGAUCAAACAAAUCACACAUCACACCGUACGAACGUGUCAGAUGAGUUCACCAGAAAUGAAAACUCUUUUCCGCCCUGGAAAAGAACAUUUGACAGAAUCCAGUAUUUUAUCAUAGGAGUGUAUUUUCCUAUUGUUGCAAUUUUAGCGAUUAUAGGAAAUGUUUUAGUCUUGUUAGUGCUACGCAAAGACGUUCUACAGUCCACCACGUCGGUUUACCUUAUUGGUCUGGCCGUGGCUGACGUGAUUUUUGUCAUAAACUAUUCUCCCAAGACAUUAACCGCCUUCGAGUCAGUCGUUGCAAGUCGUGCAUACAAAACAUUUAGGGCCUUUCAGAUUAGCUAUUUUUUCCCGUUGGUAAGUUUGUGUCAUACUGCAGCCGUCUGGGUGACCAUUUCAUUCACAACAGAGCGCUACAUUGCAGUAGGUUGGCCUCUAAAGGCUCAGAAAUACUGCACGAAAUUUCGCGCCAAGUUGGCCGUGAUUGGAGCAUAUAUUUUCGCCAUUGCUCUCAAUGGUAUCCGAUUUUUUCGCCGCCAUGUGUUUGAAAAGGUGGACCCCGUGUCGGGAGACAAAUAUUUCGCUUAUACUUUCACUGACUUGGGUCAUGACAAAAUGCUCUCAGCAAUAAUUUUCUGGUCCUACCUCCUGUUAGCUGAAGCGUUACCGUUCAUCAUUUUGAUUGGCCUCAAUUCGGCCAUCAUUUGGCAUGUCUGGCUGGCGCAGAAGAACAGGCUGAAAAUGGCGGAAAGCAAUAAUGCCAACGUCGAGGAGGGAAAAUCUCGAGAGAAGCAGAUCACUCGGAUUCUGGUUUCCAUCGUAAUUGCCUUCUUGCUGUGUAAUGCGAUUGCAGGGACAGGGUCGAUUUGGGUUGCUCUAAAUGGCGCUAACAGUAUCUACACUACCCGAGAUGCCGGCGUCUAUUAUGUGUUUUUAUUCGGGCCGGCCUUGUACAUUACCAACCCACUGGUUAACUGUAUUCUGUACGCAGCUUGCAGUUCAGCCAUGCGUGAAGGGAUAAGAUCUCAGCUUUGUUCUAACUGCUGUUUCCGGAAGAACACGCGCGAUAGAGUAAAAGUGAAGACGCACUUGACAGAUGCCAGCCAACAGAUUGGGCCUAUCUAG